AUGCACGACAUACAAACCCCAGAUAUAGCGUCUGUCGAAAGAACUUUUCAAGGACUUGAACUUAAAGCAGAACAGCGCGAUAAUGGUAUAUUCGCUGCUAUAGUCAAGGCCUUGCUAUCAAACAGUAAUCAAUGGAUGAGAGCUCCAGACAUUGUCGAUCGCAUUCGAGGAUGGAAACUUACUACCAACGACGGCCAACUUAGUGGGAAAACUCCUACUUCCACAAUCCAAGGCACUAUUUCUACAGCGUUGAAACUUGCGAAAUCGAGAGGUUGUGAGGAACCAAUCGAAAAACAUCAAAUCAAGAAUUUAACUUACUACCGCCUCUCUUUGCAUUUAUUUACGGAUUCCCGAAUCCGAGACUCGAUGAAUACCAUACCUCCAACUCCUCCUCCUGAUCCCCCUCGUUUAGCAAAAGAUAAGAAACGAUCUCCUACGAAACCAUCUCGUCCCACAACAUCAAGUCGGGGUACGACGAAAAGAAUCACCAUUGAUUCUGAUGUUAAUGUUAUUACAACAAAGAAAAUAAAAAUUAGCCAUAAUACGUCUCCUAUUAUAAAUUUGACAGAUAAUGAACAUGAUUCCCAAUUUUUAAUAGAACCAAGUUUAAAAAAAAAGAGUACAAGUACAAAAUACCAACCUUCUGAAGAUUACGUUAAUGGACCAAAAUCGUUUGCAAUUAUUCAAGAAACAGGUUAUUCUUACCCUCGACUUAGUCGACUUAGACGCAGUGAACAUAGAUAUCCAAAGUCAAAAUGCGAAGAUGCAUUUUGCGUAAAAGAUCUAAGACGAUCUGAUGGAUCCUUUAUGGCACGAUUAUUUUGUUUGGCGGAUGGACAUGGAGGCUCUGGAUGCUCGGAAUUUUUAAUUUCAAGAAUGCCACAUCGUAUCCAAGAACUGCUACAAGACCAUCCGGUAAAUUUUGAUAACAAAGAUGAACAACAAUGGUUUAGAGAACAAAUGGAACAUCUCGUCAGGCAAUUGGAUGACGAAUACGUUGAGGCUAAGCGUGUAGAAUUUCGUCGCUGGAAAUAUCAGAGAGAAAAACAAGACGAUUCUAAUUCAAUACCAUUUGUAGAAGAUGAAAGGUUUAUUAUAAAUGAUCAAAGUGAUUCUGAUUCAAUACCACCAGUAGAUGACGGAUCAACUAUCAUUAUUAAUAUGUUUAUUAAUGAUUGGUUAAUCAAUGUUAACGUUGGUGAUUCACGAACCUUUCUUGCGUGUCGAGGCAAAAACAAUAAAUGGUCUGUAGAAUUCGCGAGUGAAGAUCAUAAACCUUACCUUGAACGCCUUGCCUUGAAAAUAUAUUCAAAUGGUGGCAUAUUUGUUGAUAGUAAUGAUGAUCCAAUUAAGUUUGAUCCCACCCCUAGACAACGUCGCACUAGACCAAGUUUAAAGAACGCGCGUAUUAGACUCAAAGGGCAAGAAGAUGAAAAUGAAGAUGGUGUUCCCUACAUAAAUGAAACUGGAAAAUAUUGGUCGAUUAAUGUUGCUGCGACCUGUGGUGAUUUACUCUUCAAAUUAAAUCGUUCCAGAAGAGUUAUUGAUUGUGUUCCAGAUGUUACUUUUAGAAAGUUAGGUAAAUAUGGUGGUGAUAGAUUCUUAUUGAUAAGCAGCGAUGGUCUUUUUGACCAUUUAAAAGAAUCAAGGAUAGAUGAACAGAACAAUGAAGUCGCUAAAUUUAUUGGCGGCUUAUUGGACAAUGGAGAAUCUGUCAUGAAUGUUGUUAAAAAAAUAGGUAGUCGGGAGAAAUAUACCACGUUAUUUAAGGAUUUUAGUCAAGUAUAUGACGACAUUACUUGCAUUUUAAUUUCUUUGUAA